CUCGUGUAAGAGAAUAUUAUAUUUCUAGAUAUCCCUUUGUGCAAUAGAAUCUGAGAGACUGGUAGCAGUAGGAAGCCUCACCUCUCAAGCUAACAAGUUAUCUCUUGUGGCCAUCACAUUUCUUCACAUCCUUAUCAGUCAUGAUCAAAUAAAGAAAGAGACAGAAACAUGAAUCAGAAGUCAUGCAUUAAACAAUGGCAAAUCUCUUGCAUUCACCGUCAAAUUAAUUGACAUAUGAUGACUCCGUGGUUUUUGGCCGGCCACCUUCACCACCUCUUAACGCUCAACACAGACAAGUCCAACCAUUUUUCCUCACUCUGCAAUAACUUGGAAUUCAUGGACGACGACCAUGGCCAUCGCUUUCUUAACAACUUCGUGAUUCUCCUCCUUGCAAUGGGUUUAUUAGCUUUCUUUUUAUCAUUGUGCCAUCUCAUAGCCAUUUGCUUCUGGUACCAACGCAUCAAUCGCCAAAACCCAACGCCGACAGCGACGGCCUCCUCGGCGGUGCAGAUGAUUCCUACACACACGUACCACAGGAAGACAGUUGAUGGUGAUGUGGUUUCCGGCGAUGGUAAUGAAGGUGGGACGUGUGUGGUGUGCUUGGGUGAGUUUGAGGAGGGUGAGGAGCUGAGGACGUUGCCUGAGUGUUUGCACUGUUUCCACGUGGCAUGCAUUGACACGUGGCUGUGUUCGCAUUCGAGUUGCCCCGUUUGCCGGAGCAUUGCCACGCCGUCUCUGGAUCAUGAUUUGAACGAUGCGCAUGAGCACCGCAUACAUAUGACGCAGUUUUCCAUUGUACAAAAUAGCUUUGUGUUACUAGGGUGAGGCCGUGUUCACUUUUAUCAUUUCAAUAAAAUUAUAUUUUCAUUUCUUCUCAUUUUUAACUACAU